UACAAAUUUCUUACGAUAGUGGUAGGAGCUUAGGCUGUUUGUGUUAUUUUCUAGCAGUCUUAUCAUAACUCUCGUGUCGGAAGCAUCAAAUGUCUACAAGUUUGUACAUGCAAGAUGAGUCAAUCACCAAAUAAAUAUGCCCUCAUUGAAAUACCAUCGAGGAACAAAAAAACUAUGAUCAUUGAUACAGAACAAAUAAUCGAUUUUCAUAGAUAUAAUGUGUUAAAUAAAAAUAGAAUGUAUCAUUUGAAAGAAGAUGGAAAACUUGUGAAGUGUGGGAUUUUAAGUAUUGCCGCAUCACGUACCAUAUUGCAAAAUCCAAAUACAAGAUUACGGCGACCUAAGUACAACGAAUCAUCUUUAGAAUCUUCAACUGAAGAAAAUAAUGAAUUGCCGCUUCAUGCGACACAACAAAAAAGGAAGAACAUAAAACUUAAUGCUAAUUGCGCCAAAAAAACUAUGAGCAAAGAUAUUUUAAAUGCCUACAAAGCAAAACGAAAAGAAGAAAUUAUGAAAAAGAAAGGAGCAAAAAAAAUAAUCAAAUAUAAACCCGAUGGCGAUAAAACACCUAGAAACAAUGAAGUAGACAGCGGUCCGGUUGGUGAAUUUGAAAACAAUGCCGCAAUGGCAAUCGAAGAACAUAACAAAAUAAUGAAAGUUGUAGAAGAAGAUUCUAUUGUACAUGAAGAAGAAAAAUCGGAUAGAACUGUAGAAUCAGAAGAAGAAGAAGAAGAAGAAGAAGAAUAUGUAGUAAAAGAAGAAAUAUUUGAACUCGGUUCCGACGCGGAUGUAGAUGAUAACGAACAACCCGAAUAUGUGACGUCUGAAAUAGCCGAGGUUAAUGACGGUGCGAUUUACAAAAAUAACAUAGACAACGACGAAAACAACUACAACUCGAAUAACCAGAUAGAAUCAAAUAAUGAUCGAGCGAAUGCAAUGGUGGAAAAAAAAUCAAAAGAAAGUAGACAACAAGAUGCAGAAAUGAAACGGCUUCGUCGACAACUGAAAGAGCAGAAUAAUACUACUAGUCAACAACAGCAGCAACAGCAACGGCAACAACAACAGCAACUGCAACUGCGAGAACAACUUCAAGAAGAAGAACGACAACGAGAAGAACGACAACGAGAAGAACGUCAACGAGAAGAACAUCAACGAGAAGAACGUCAACGAGAAGAACAACAACGCGGCGAUAGGAAUGGUCAAAUUAUUGAUCCAGUUUGCAUCGGUAAUAAUAUACUGGUGCCAGGCCUCACAUAUCAUGAAGCAUUUGGUGCCUAUACGCCAGCAAAAUUCAUCACAAUUAUGUCACAUGCAAUUUGGGGUCAUGAGGAACUUGCUCUCCGUGCAGUUGCAAGACGAAAAACUAAUCAGUAUAAAAUACUUUUAUCAUCUACAAAAAAGCUUGUGUUACUGCAAAAUUAUCAGAAAUUAAAAAAAAAAAGAAACUUGUCUCAAGAUCUUAUAAACGUCGAGACAACUAGAUUUCUUACCUAUCUAGGAAGGGCGAUCACAAGUGCAGAGCGAAAGAAAUCAAACCAAAAUAUAAACACCACGCGUUAA